UCUUAGAUUUGAUUGAAAGUGAGAAUAGGCCAAACCUGACAACAUUUUUGUUCAGACUUUGCCUUUCCUUUUCUUCCUGUGUUUGACAUUUCUGAGUGAAUAUUCGCUUUUACUGGCCCUCCCUCCCUCCCUCCCUUCAAUUCACCAAUUUCUGUUUCUGCUAUAUAGAUUAUAGACUAUACUUGUUCAUGCAUCGAUAGAUAAUUAUAACCAUUUAGUUAGUGGCAAAUGACGAUGGCAAUGACAAUGCCUCUUACUCUACGGAAUAAGCUCAAGACUCUUUGUACUUGUGGUGAUGGCUGGUCUUAUGCUAUUUUCUGGCGCUUUCAUCCACGGAAUUCCUUGUUGUUGACUGUGGAAGAAGCAUACUAUGAAGAGCAUCUGGGAGAAGAAAUUGCCAACAUGCAUCCGCAGGUCCACCUUCUGGGUGAAGGAAUUGUAGGUGAAGCCGCUUCCACGGGCAAGCACAGUUGGGUGCACUCAGAUGGUCAAACUCAUGAUUGGAAUUUGACUGGCCAAAAUAUUUGUGAGGAUGAUUCUGAAUUUCAGCAACAGUUCUCCUCUGGGAUAAAGACUAUUGUGGUGGUACCUGUCAAAGCAUGGGGAGUGGUACAGUUUGGAUCCAGAAAGAAGAUCUUAGAGAAAGUGGAAUUUUUGGAGCAAACACAAAGCGUGCUAACAGAUAUGGAUGAUGAUAUGGGUAUGUUUGACAUGCCGGGAAAUUCAGUUUUACCACUAGAUUGUGAAAAUAAUGAUUUAAAUGGGUUGUGGGAUUCCAUUUCUUCUGCAAAUCCCAACAAUUCCUUCCCUUCCCAAUAUAUGACUUAUGACAAAGCAAUGGUUUCAUUGCAAGAAGAUUCUUCUUAUUUUAGUGACCAAUUGAAAGGUACCAUGGAAGCUCAAAUUGUAUUAUCAGAUAGGGAUAGUGCUGAUGUGCUUUUGAAGCCUAACUCUUCUACAAACAAAUUAAUUGCCGAAAACCCCUAUUUUGGUGUAUGUGGUAGUGAAUUAUCUUCUUUUAAUUUGUUGGAGCAACAAUUGGUAUCCUGUGUAAGUGCACAAGAAGAUGCAGAUGCGUGUUUUACAAACCAAAAUGAUUUUGCUGCCAGCAAACUUCUAGUUCAGGAUUCAGCAUUGACCUCACUGUGCAGUAUGGACAGAGGGUCAUUUCAAGGCAAAUUACAAAAUUCACUGGAUAACCAAUAUCCAACUCAGUCUGGUGUUGUGAUAGAUGUUGAUUUUUCCUCAAGUUCAAAUGCAUUGCAUGGACUCUCUGAGAACUUAGAGCCAGUUGAUAUGUCAGAAGAAAUUUUGAAUUUCAGCCCUAUGGAAGAUCUUUGCCAGUGGUUUGGUCCUUCUCCCGAGGAUAGUAUCUGCGAAGCAGUAAUUGCCUUGGAUAACAACUUUUCUGAAUCAACAGAAUUUAAUCCCACUUCCUUUGAUCUGGUUGGAAGUAGUUCUUUAAAUGAUAUUUCAGUGACAUGCCUAGCAGAGCAUAAUUCCAACUCAAAUGGGAAAGAAGCAUCUGUGGUCAUGCAAAGCACUGAAAAAGGUCUCUUUGAUAGCAUGGAAUUUGAUUUUAGCUAUGAUCAAGGUGAUGAAUGGUGGGGGAAUAUGCUUUCACCAGUGGUGAGUGGUGUUACUGAUACUGGCUUCUCUGAAUGUGUAUCAGAGUUGAAUACUACUGAUGCAUUGACUGGCACCCGGAAGAGAUUAUUCUCAGAGUUAGGAAUUGAAGAGCUUUUGAGGGGUGGAGCAAAUUACAAUCCUUUUAAUAGUUCUGAACUUGAGUAUGAGUUAUCACCCAAUAAGAGCGAGACGGUAGAAUCUUCAUCAGUGAAUAGAAAUCCAAUACAUUUCACCAACUUUCAUUGGCCUGGGGCUAGAGCAGACUUGACACAGCGACUUUGUGACUUAGACAACACAAACAAUCUUCCAACCAAGAAAGAUAAAUUCCCAAAAUUACAAACAGGCAUGUGGAUUGAUGAUAGUCAUAGCAUUAAUAUUGGGAAGGCUGUACCAGUGCACCCUCAAAAGCCAGAGGAACCCAGAAAGCCAUCCAAGAAGAGGGCUAGGCCGGGGGAGAGUACUCGACCGCGGCCAAAAGAUCGUCAGCAGAUCCAAGACUGUAUCAAAGAGUUGAGACGAAUUAUCCCCAAUGAUGGAAAGUGUAGCAUUGAUUCUUUGUUAGACCGCACCAUCAGAUACAUGCUUUUCUUACAAAGUGUCCUCAAGUAUUCAGACAAGCUACAGGAACCAAAUGAGCCAAAGCUUAUUGAGCAGGCAAAGGAAGUGGUUUUAAAAGACAGUGGUGCGGCGGAUAGCAAAAACGGGGGCAUUACAUGGGCAUAUGAAGUGGCACACCAAACAAUGCUAUACCCAGUUAUAGUUGAGGACAUGAGUCUACCUGGUCAAAUGCUUAUAGAGAUGCUUUGUGAGGAGCAAGGCUUCUUCCUUGAGAUAAUUGACAAGAUUCAGCGUUUCGGGCUGAAUAUCUUGAAAGCCAAGAUGGAAAGAAGGAAGACCAAACUUUGGGCACGCUUUAUUGUUGAGGCAAACAGACCCGUGACAAGGAUAGAGGUGUUUUUGUACCUAAUCCAUCUUCUACAGGAAACAAACACCUCUGGCAUUGAUUCUUCUAAUAAGCAUUGCGAUGUUAUUGAGGCCAAUAUUUAGGAAAGAAGAGGAUUAUCAACCCAUUUCCACAGGUCCCAGAAACAGGAUCCAUGUGUGUACAUAGGUGAUAAUAGGUUAGGAUACACUUAGCAAAAAUUGUAGGUAAUCUGUGUUAGUGAUGAAAUGAAAUCUUAGGUGCAAAGUUAUGCAUAAUGAAAUUUCUGAGAAUGCAAGAGGUGGUACAUCUGCCUGCAAAACAUGUUAAUGAAGCGAACAAGAUAAUUCAAUUGGUCUAUGCUUUAACUCCGCCGGUGUUCACGCUGUUUCAUUUAAUAAUUAUAAUACUUUAAAAGAAUA